AUGGCCCAUGUACAAUGGAAAAAUCAAACAUCCAUCAUCAAAUUCAUCCUCCUGGGAUUUGGGAACCUGAAUGAGCUUCAAAAUCUUCUUUUUGUGUUGUUCUUAUUGAUCUACACUGUGACUGUAGCUGGGAAUAUCCUACUGCUUGUGCUGGUUGUGGCUGAUCAGCAUCUUCACACCCCCAUGUACUUCUUCUUGGGGAACUUAUCUUUCCUGGAUGCCUGCUACACCUCAGUCAUUGCUCCCAGAUUGCUGGCUGGGUUUCUGACAGAGGACAGGAGUAUUUCCUUUGGGGAAUGUAUCUCACAGUUAUUUUUAUUCAGCUCCUUAGCUUGCAUAGAGUGCUUCCUUCUGGCGGUCAUGGCUUAUGACCGCUACUUGGCCAUAUGCAACCCACUCACCUAUAAGAUUGUGAUGAACCUAAGGAUUUGCUCCCAGCUGGUGUCUACCUCAUGGCUCUUGGGCUUCUCAGCCACAGCCUUUGUGGUAGGAAUGCUUCCCCAAUUACAUUUCUGUGGCCCCAAUGAAAUUAAUAAUUUCUUUUGUGACAUGGAGGAGCUGCUGAAAUUGUCCUGCUCUAAAAGCCCUCUGGCAGAAAAGAUUGUCCUUGUCACCUGCUCCCUUGUAACCCUGGCCCCUUUCCUCUUCAUUGUUGUGUCUUACAUUUAUAUCCUCUCAGCCAUCCUGAGAAUUGCGUCUUCGACUGGGAGGCAAAAGGCCUUCUCCACUUGCGCGUCUCACCUCCUGGUGGUAAGUCUGUAUUAUGGGACCAUCGUUGUUAUGUAUGUGGCACCAUCGGCUAAGCAGUCCCCAAACUUCCAUAAAUCUCUUUCUCUGAUCUACACAGUUAUCACCCCAAUGUUUAACCCUAUCAUAUAUAGCCUAAGGAACAAAGAAGUAAAGGGAGCCUUCUGGAAAGUUGUGCUAAAAAUUUUGGUGAGGAAGUAA